AUGAAUCUUAGCGAAGUUACGAUUAUUCAAUCUAUGGAAGCACAUAAUCUUAUGAAAGAAGAGCUUGUAAAUAAUCCUGAAACACGCACAGAAUCGGACACGUUUGGACCAAUUAAUGUUCCCUCGAAUCGUUAUUAUGGCGCUCAAACAGCCCGCUCAAUGAUUCAUUUCAAUAUCGGUGUUCCGACGGACCGUAUGCCACUACCAUUAAUUGAAGCGUUCGGUUUAUUAAAAAAAGCAUGUGCUAUUGUCAAUCAACAGUAUGGAUUAGAUAAAAAACUAGCUGAUGGAAUAAUUCAAGCAUGUGAAGAAGUUGCUGAAGGAAAACUAAAUGAUAAUUUUCCAUUAAGUGUGUGGCAAACGGGAUCUGGUACUCAAACAAAUAUGAAUGUGAAUGAAGUAAUCAGUAAUCGAUCAAUCGAAAUAUUAGGAGGACAGUUGGGUACGAAAAAGCCGGUACAUCCAAAUGAUCAUGUGAACAUGAGUCAAAGUUCAAAUGAUACGUUCCCAACAGCUAUGCACGUAGCUGCUGCAUUAGAACUCAAUCGUCAAUUAUAUCCGGCAUUAAAACAUUUACACGAUGAAUUAAAGAAGAAACAAGAACAAUUUCAGCAUAUUUACAAAAUCGGACGAACACAUCUUCAAGAUGCUGUACCGAUGACAUUAGGACAAGAGUUCUCUGGUUAUACACAUCAAGUUAAAAUGGGUAUUGAACGUUUGAAAACGUGUGAAACACGGCUGUAUGAAUUAGCUAUUGGGGGCACAGCCGUUGGCACGGGAAUUAAUACUCCAAAGGGGUUUGGAAAAUCAGUUGCCAAAGCUUUACACGAUAUUACAAAAUUACCAUUCGUUGACGCACCGAAUAAAUUUGAAGCUUUAGCUACUCAUGAUACAAUGGUAGAAUUGAGUGGUUCAUUGAAUACAUUAGCAGUUAGUUUAAUGAAAAUCGGUAAUGACAUUCGUUUACUCGGUUCGGGACCUCGUUGUGGUAUUGGUGAAUUAGUCUUACCCGAGAACGAACCUGGCAGCUCGAUAAUGCCCGGUAAAGUAAAUCCUACACAAUGUGAAGCAUUAACGAUGGUAGCAGCACAAGUAAUCGGAAAUCAUGUUGCCGUGACUGUUGGAGGUUCAAUGGGUCAUUUUGAAUUAAACGUAUUUAAACCAUUAAUAAUCAAAAAUGUUUUACAGUCAAUUCGUAUUCUAUCUGAUGUAUGUAAAUCAUUUACACAUCAUUGCGUGAUUGGUAUAGAAGCAAAUACACCCGUACUGACAAGGUAUAUGAAAGAAUCGUUAAUGUUAGUGACAGCUUUAAAUCCAGUAAUAGGCUAUGAUAAAGCAGCAAAAAUAGCGAAAAAAGCACACAAAGAAGGAACAACAUUAAAAGAAGCAACAUUACAAUUAGGCUUUUUAACAGAAGAAGAAUUUGAUAAACACGUUAAUCCAAAAGAUAUGGUGUAA